AUGGUGUUUGGAGAGCUUGGACGUGGAUGUCAUGGAAAGGUCAAGCUGUGUUUAGAUACUAUAACGGGUGAAAAAUGGGCUAUUAAAAUCGUGGAAAAAACUGCCAAACGGCGAUUUCAAAGCAAAUUGUCUGCUGCUGCUCGUGCUGCCGCUGAAGGUGGCCUUAAUCCACCCAAUCCUCAUCUUGAACGCAUCAAACGAGAAAUCGCUAUACUAAAAAAGUGUGCUCAUCCACAUGUCGUGCGUUUGCGCGAGGUCAUUGACGAUCCACACUCUGACAAAAUUUAUCUUGUGCUCGAAUACUUGGAGGGUGGAGAUAUUGCAUGGAGCAACAACGCAGAGCAUCCAAAGCCUAUACAAUCUGUAGACGAAGCUAGACGAAUUUUUCGUGAUGUAGUUUGUGGCGUGCAAUAUUUGCACUAUCAAGGAAUUGUGCAUCGUGAUAUUAAGCCUGCAAAUUUGCUGUGGACUGCAGAUCAUAGAGUCAAAAUAUCCGACUUUGGUGUUUCAGUUUUUGUUGAUGACGAUACCCUUGAAGCAGACGAGCUAGAAUUAGCCAAAACCGCUGGAUCGCCAGCAUUUUUUGCUCCUGAACUUUGUGCGAUAGUUUCUCAACAAAAACUACCAUUGCUUGGUGCACCUAUUGAUAUAUGGGCUAUGGGUAUCACUCUGUUUUGUUUUGUAUUUGGUAAAGUUCCGUUCAUGGCGGAAACUGAGUAUAGUCUAUUUAAUGUUAUUGUCAAAGAUCCACUUGUGAUUCCGGAUGAGCCUCAUAUAACUGAUGAUCUACGUAAUCUAUUCCAUCGAUUGCUUGAGAAAGAA